CGGGCGGGGGCCGGGCGGAGGCGGUGCCGGGGCCGGGACCGGGGCGGUGCCGGGGCCGGGACAGGGACCGGGAGCGGGGAAGCCGCGGCCCCGAGCGGAGCGGAGCGCACCCGCGAUGACCGUCGGUGGCCCCCGCGGCGGGCAUCCCCGCCUGCAGAUGCCGUGCCUGAGCAAGAUGGAGCGGAUGAUCGUCAGCAUGCAGGACCCGGACAUGGGCAUCAAGAUGAGGAACCAGCGCUUGCUCAUCACCGUCAUCCCCCAUGCCAUGACAGGUGAGGUCGGGGCCCCGCUGCUGGGGCUCCCUGCACAUGGUGGGGAGUUGAGCAAUGCCGCCCGCCUGGCCCUGCCUCUGCCUCUGGGGUGCCCGGCCCUGCG